AUGGCGUCGGUUAUGGAAAUUAUUCAAUUAGGAAAUAAUGAAGAGAUCAACAUAUUCGUGAUCACUGCACCUGGAGGCCCUGCCACUGCACCUGGAGGCCCUGCCACUGCACCUGGAGGCCCUGUCACUGCACCUGAAGGCAUGCCACUGCACCUGAAGGCCCUGCCACAGCACCUGGAGGCCCUGCCACUGCACCUGGAGGCCCUGCCACUGCACCUGAAGGCCCUGCCACUGCACCUGAAGGUGUUACAACGUCGUCUGGACGGUUCCGUGGACUUCCUGCGUGACUGGCAAGACUACAAGUAUGGCUUCGGGAACCUCGCUGGCGAGUUCUGGCUUGGCAACGACCACAUUCAUGACCUCACCGCGCAAUACGUGACUGACGCCGUUUGUGAGUCAGCGACGUAUCGUGACGCAACCCUGCACGAUGACGUCACUCGUGAGGGCGACGGCUCGGCAGCGCUCAGUGUUCACUUGGACGUCAGUGUGGGAGGUUGUCAUUUGCCGAGCUCGUUCCAGGAGUUCGUCUACUGGCGGCGCCCUCUGCCUGACAUCAGUGACGACCUCCGUGCCCUCUGUGCUGAGGGAGGUGCUGCUGCUGAGGGAGGUGCUGCUGCUGAGGGAGCGACUACUGCUGAGGGAGGUGCUACUGCUGAGGGAGGUGCUACUGCUGAGGGAGGUGCAGCUGCUGAGGAAUGUUCUCAGGAUGCCUUCAGCCUACCCUCUGUCAUAUGUCGUCAAGAUGACGUAACAAGUCCUAACAUUAAGCGUUACGAACAUUACGACACCGCGUUGCAUUACGACCCUCGCCACCGUAAAAGUUACGACUUCACUGAUCGAUACUCAACCCUCGGCCGUACGACUUACGACUCCGUGGAGGAGGUGUCGGGUGGAGCUUACGACACCAGAUACGUCUCGUCUUACGACAAACGUCCUAGUCUGCUUGGCUAUACGCGGCUGGUCUCUGCGCGCCCUUUCUCACCGACGCACGUCUGGUCUUACCGUGCCUCAUCCGUGCCAGACCUUUCCUGUCAAGAGGGGUCUACUGGGCUGCUGGGGGCUGACACCCGUAGUCUGCUGGGGUCUGACACUCAUGGCCUGCUGGGGGCUGAGGCUCCUAGUAUCACCCAUCACCUUCUAAAAAAUGUCCCCGACGGGUUAGGAGACCUCCCUCAUGGGUGCCUCCGUCCCCUCAGUCCUUGCGCGCUGACAACUGAACAACUCCAGCGAGCUGACGACGACAACAUCAACAAUAAAGAUAACAGCAACAACAUCAACAACGAUAACACCUUCGAUAAAACUAACGAAAUAAACGAAAACAACAACGACGACAGCUACAACACCAACAAUAAUAGCAACGAAAACCACAACGAUGUCGCAAACAUUCCAUCGAAAGUUGAUUUGUUGAAUUUGAACAAGACAGACGGGCCCAGACGGCUGCUGUCUUCUGUCUCGGGUUUCCUGAAGAAGAAGCUCCUUUCACAAGUGACUGCCGGGGCAGUGACGCUACUGUCAGUUGCGUCACUGCCUGACUACGAUGAAGAACACCGUGACGAAUACCGUAAUGAAUACCGUGAAGAAUACCGUAAUGAAUACCGUGACAAAUACCGUGAAGAGUACCGUGAUGAAUACGGUGAGAAAUGCCGUGAAGAAUACCGUGAUGUCAACGACAACAACUUAACGCUUCAAGAGUUCUUGAAUAUUGCGAAUGAAGGUGAAGGUUCGUCGCCGAGUGAACAGUGCAGUGAAUCGUGCCAUGAACAGUGCAGUGAACCGUGUAGAACUUCCCAGGAGUGUUCAAAGAACACUUGUGUACAAAAAGAAAAUAAAUUGCUCAAGGAACGCCAUUGCGAACAUAUUGCACAGAACAACGACGUAGAGGAUAUAAUUAAUGAAGUAAAGGAUAAGAGCAACGAGGUAGAGGAUAGAAUCAAUGAUGUUAAGGACAAAAGUAACGACGUUCUGAGUAAAGCGAAAGAGAUACGAUAUCGUAGCGCCAGUGAAUCGCAAAUUUCGUAUCCUUCUUUCCCUUGCCAUCAUCAACGGUUACCAUUAUAUCCUAGAUCUUUAUCCUUACCUUCGCGUUUACAGGAACAUAUAAACCGAUCAGUUUUGAACUUAAGAGUACAAACCUUCCCAUCUGUUCCGAAUUCCAGGAGGCAAAUCAACCCUCAUCGGAGCUUAAAUCGGAGUAAGAGUUUCGACUUCGAGUUUCUAAAAAUCCCACCGACAGAUGCGGAUACUGAAGGAUUAAAUACCACAAGAACUACCCCCUCCAAGGACGAUUUACUCCCCUCAGUUUGGGACGAGCGAUCCUCGUCUCUGUGGGACCUCGUCGGUCCCUCCACGUGGAAUUCAUCGUCCCGACGAAGCUGUUCGUCGGCGAGUCUCGUCAGUGCUCGAAAUUUGAAUUUUUUUCCCUCAACAUUCAGUGUCGUUGUCGCCAUGGGGAACAUUCAGGCUGGGGAUGGGAAGAAAAAUCCUAAACUCAAGGAAAAAGAUCGUCUGAAAAUCACUAAAGGGAAAGCUUCCUCGUCUCGGCCGAGCCUGCUCGACAGUCGAGAUACCCUCGUCGGUGACGAGACCGAGGACAUCUCUAAUGAGCACGUCAUCUCCGAGGGGCACGUCAUACAUGAGGGGCAUGAGGAAAAAGUAGAAACUAGUACCCAGAUCCAGGGGAGUGUUACGGAAUCCUUUAGGAAAGCCAAAAGCAAAGAAAACAGUGAACUGGAAACAACUGUAAACCGAAACUCGUUGUCUCAUAAAACUUCGAGCUCCGACUCGUUAUUCACAGAAGCCCCUACUAGUUUGACAGCCUCUAUCAUUAAAGAAAAUAAGCGGGUCAAAGAUAACAUACCGUCUCCCUGCGACUCAAUUGAGAUGAAGUUUGAAGCAUCAAAUAACAUUAGCCUUUUAGAAGUGCUUGAACUAACGAACAACUUACCUGCUUCGUCAUGUCUCCCUUCAGUAACGACAUCUUGUUUGCCUUUUAGAUCGACAGGGCCAAGCAAGCUUUAUAAUUCAGUCUCUCCCUCAAGUCACGUAGAAAACGGACCGAACCGCACAGAAAACGCGGCGUCCAAGUCACGGGAACCCGCGAGGGGGGAACUAAGUGGAGGGCGGGAGUCGCCCCCCUACCACCCGCACUACGGAAACAAUCGCGGCUUCAGUUACCCUUCAGCAGUGAGUGGAGGUGUAUGUGCGUCGCUCGACAGCUGUGCCAAUAGCUCAACCCAACCCAGCAGCUUCGAGAGUGCCAGAGACACGUUGCUCGACGUCACUGAUGUUACCUUGAGUGUUGACAACACCACUGACGUACCAUUGAGUGUUGCCAACACCACUUUAUUCCCCCCAAAGCCCCACGCUUUCGAUGCCUCCAAGGAACUAUCUUCUCGUGCGGCGGACAUCAAACCCAAGCGAUACCUCCCCUCCGUGCCCUCCCUCUCCCCCCCGCCCUCCCCACGCACCUCCAAAGCCCCGGAUCAGGUGAUCGAGGACGAUCUUUAUAUCUACGAGAUCUUCCUAGAGGCGCCGGCGUCGCAGGAUCAUGAAGGAUCUUCAGGAUACGGAUCCCUAGCCCGCCCCCCGCCGCCCCCCGCCAUGCCACAGGCGUCCGCAGGCCGCGGCACCGCCGCCUUCCGGGUCACCCGCCACCGCCGCGUCGACCUGCAACCUGCAGCAG